AUGAAAAAUCAUUUAAUAGUUGAUGAGAAUAUGCAAUUAAUAAAAAUUGCCGUUGAAGGGUGCUGUCAUGGCGAAUUAGAUGCUAUUUAUAGUACCUUGCCAUUAGAAAUAGAAUUACUUUUAAUUUGCGGUGAUUUUCAAGCAUUACGAAACGAGACUGACUUAAAAACCAUAAACGUCCCUGCUAAAUAUAAGAGACUUGGAGAUUUUCACAAAUAUUAUAAGGGCGAAAAAAAGGCACCAAUCUUAACCAUUUUUAUUGGUGGUAAUCAUGAAUGUUCUUCCUAUUUACAAGAAUUAAAGUUUGGAGGCUGGAUAGCGCCGAAUAUAUAUUAUCUUGGGGAGUUUGGCUGCGUUUCAUAUAAAGGAAUAUUAAUUGGAGGAAUCAGUGGCAUUUAUAAUAGGUAUUCGUUCUUUCAUAGUUCGUCUGAAAGGCUACCUUAUAAUGAAAAAACGAUUCGGUCAGUUUAUCAUGUCAAGCCUAAAAGUUUUGUCAAGCUAUAUUUAAUGAAGAACUUGGAUAUUGUGUUAUCGCAUGACUGGCCCAGUGGGAUUGAGCAUUCUGGAGACGUCAAAUCUCUACUUAAGAAGAAAAAGCACUUCAGAGCAGACAUUGAGAGUGGAUCUUUAGGGAGCCCUUUGAAUAGACUUCUACUCUAUAAAUUGCGGCCACGAUAUUGGUUUUCUGCUCAUUUGCAUGUCAAGUUUGAAGCGAACAUAUCUCAUCGAGCAGAGAAUGAUGCUGAUAAUAAAGAAAGUGAGAGAGUAAAACUUUCUAGUACAGAAAGAGAAGUAGAUAGUGAUCACAUUGAAAUCGAUAUGGAUAUGGAUAUGGAUAUGAACAUUACUCCUCUGUCUUCAAAACGGCCAAUGAAAGACAAUAAUCAUUGGUCCAAGCGAUUGAGAACCAGAUCAACUUAUUUUUUGGCUUUAGAUAAAUGCUUGCCACGUCGUUCUUUUAUACAAGUUAUAGAGAUCGAAACAAAUUCAGACAUAAAUUCGACAGAAUUGUAUUAUGAUGAGAGAGCCGUGGCUGCAAACAAGAUAAUCGAAAAAUACUCUCCAGUAUUUGAUAAGCUGGUUAUUCAGGAUCUAUAUGAUCCCAAGAAUCUGGAAUUGGUUCAAGAGCUAGAGAAAGAAGUCAAUUAUGAAUGUAAGAGAUUAAGUGGUAGCUUACAAGUCCCUAAAAACUUUGAAGUGGUUGCCCCAACUUCAGUUGAAAAAAAUAUUCCCUUACAAUAUUGGGACAACAAUCAGACAAAGGAAUACUGCAUGAGAUUUGGUAUUCAAGCCCCUGAAAUUUAA